UGGUAGAAGAGAUAAAUGGAAACGAGGUGAGCAUGGCGGUGGUUGGUGUGGCGGGAUUGAAAGAGAGAAAUGUUGUUCCAGGUGGGUGGGCAAGGCAGCCGCCCUACCUUCUUCGAGAUGGCGGCGGCUCAGCAGCUUCCGGCGAGUCUCCGCGCCGCUCUCACUUACUCCAUCGGCGUCUUGGCCUUACGCAGACCUUUCCUUCACAAGCUCCUGGACUUCGAAGACGAAUCCUUCGCCUUACUCAUGCUCGUACUCGAAUCUCACACCUUACGAACCACAGAUGCUUCUUUUUCGGAAUCUCUGUACGGUCUUCGAAGAAGACCGGCCAAUAUCACCGCCAAAAUUGACGAUACUGCUGCUGCCACCGCCGGUGGAGGCAGCUUGCGGAGACGCCAGAAAAUUCUUUCAGUUGUUUUUUUGGUUGUGUUGCCGUAUAUGAAAUCUAAGUUGCAUUCAAUCUACAACAGAGAGAGGGAAGCGAGGCUUCAGGCCACUCUAUGGGGAGAUGAAAAUGGGGGAUAUGAUGAUGCCCGAGGAGAUUAUUCUCCGGUGUCAAUGCCAACCUCUGACACCGGUGCCUCCGUUACAAUGCGUAUCACUAAGAGAGUUCAGAAAAUUGUAGGGUUUUGCUACCCGUGGUUGCACGCUAGUACUGAGGGUUUGCAAUUUGCUUACCAGAUGUUGUACUUGUUGGAUGCUACUGGAUACUACUCGCUAGCACUGCACGCACUUGGGAUUCAUGUCUGUCGAGCUACUGGGCAAGAGAUGAUGGAUAUGUCUUCUAGAAUUUCAAAGAUGCGUAACCGUGAACGUGAGAGACUUCGUGGCCCCGAAUGGUUGAAGACAUUGCAAGGAGCAUUGCUCAGCUGUACGUACACUGUUCUUGAUUAUGCACAAACCGGUUUGAUUGCAGCAGUGUUUUUCUUUAAGAUGAUGGAAUGGUGGUACCAAUCUGCUGAGGAGAGAAUGUCAGCUCCAACAGUAUAUCCUCCUCCCCCUCCUCCUCCUCCACCAAAGGUACAGAAAGAUGGGAUACCACUACCACCAGACAGGACAAUUUGUCCCUUGUGCUCACAGAAGCGUGUAAAUCCAUCUGUAGUUACAGUUUCUGGGUUUGCCUUCUGCUAUGCUUGCAUAUUUAAGUAUAUUACUCAGAUUUUGGUUUUCCACAUUACAGUAUAAGCGCUGCCCAAUUACUUUAAUGCCUGCAACAGUUGACCAGAUUAGGAGACUCUUUCAUGAUGUCUAGGUCUCAGUUGAGCUGGGUUCUUAGUUAUCUUUUUUUGUGAAUCUUUUCUUUUGUUGAAUACAUGGGGCAACUAUUCAUGUACUAAUGUAUGUAUAUAUAUCCCAAUAAUUUUUUGGCA